AGAUAUCACGCUCAGUAAAUAUGCGAGUCCUCAUGGGCAUCUUCGUAGAUCCCCGUAUUCAAAAAAAGGCAACGAAUUAUUCGCACCGCUGAAGGCCUCAAGUUCUCCCCCGAAAAUACGGUGGGAAACGAAAAUAGGGCUCCGCUUAUCUCGUUUCCCCUCUCUGGUUUGGCAACCGCAAACCCAAAUUUCUUGCCCUAACCCUAGCUUUCGUUUAAAAUUAUGGGAAAGCGGAGGGAUCAAAGCCUAGGGAAAGCGGAUCCAAUCGCGGUCGACCACGGCCGCUCCGUCAAGCGGACCAACAGGCGGGUGACGGCGGAGAUGUACGACUUCUUGACGUUCCCGGCCACCGGCGACGAGCCCUCCAGCGCUCUCGAGGGGCCGUUCCGGCGGAACGUGCGGGAAUUCGUAGCGCGGUGCGGCCGGAGUGUCCCGCCGCUGUCGGCGCUGCUCCGGCCGACUCUGGCGACGUGGCGGGUGGCGUUUCGCGUCGGCGGCGAGGCGGAUGACGGCGGGCGGCCGGACGUCGAGCUCGACGUGGUGGAGGACGACGUCGCCUGCUCGAAGGAUGUCUACUGCGACGACUGCCGCGUCGUUGGUUGGAGCGGUCAUCCUGUUUGUGGAAAGCGAUAUCACUUCAUUAUCCGGCAUAACGUUAUGCGGAUAACUGAUUACUGGCAGGGAUGUCCACGCUGUCGGGCUGUGUUGCCGUGUUCUUGCUUAAGAUGCAAUACAUGCAAUUAUGAGAUUAAAUCUGAUGAUGUAGAAGAUUGGAUGCAUUUUUGCCUCGAUGAUCCUACUCAUUUGCUGCAUGGUGUGGUGCAUGCUAAUGGUUAUGGCCAUCUUCGUCGGAUCAACGGCCGCGAAGGCGGCUCGAAGCUUUUGAGUGGAUGUGAUAUAAUGGAUUUCUGGGACAGGCUAUGUGAAUUCCUCCGAGUCAGAAAAGUUACAGUCAUGGAUGUGUCCAUGAAGCGAGGCAUGGUGUAUCGGCUCCUCCAUGCAGUCACUAGAGGCAGAUCAUGGUAUGGAGACUGGGGAUACCAAUUUGGUUCUGGAAGCUUUGGUCUCACCGCUGAUGUCUACCAGAAGGCAGUAAACACCCUCUCCAGCACGCCAUUGUCUCUGUUCCUCCCCCACGACCGACCACCUCGCACCCAACUGCAAGGCACCAUCUCCUUCUAUCAAGCCCUGUCCGACCGGCCCCUGAGGACAGUGAGGGCCCUCUUCAAAUACGUAAUUCAGCUGCAUCAGGAUUCCCAGGAGCAGAAUCAUUCAGAAUUUACAGAGAACAUGGCGUGGACGGAGGAGGAUGCCAUGAAGGCCGAGGAUGCCAUCCUCAAGGUUUUACGAGCAGUUGGUGGGUGCCGGUGGGUCACUCAGCGUUCUCUCAGGGGAGCCACAUGCCGGAUUAUACGGUCACCCCAGCUGCUUGAUUACUGCCUCAAGAGAAUAGGUGGUAAAUCGACUGAUGAUGGUGCCAUUGUUGCGAUCAGAUGCAGUGCUGGGACUAAUGUUAUCGAGUACAGGCUUGAAGCUAAUUCGACCGAGCCGUUGCCUGCUCAAUACCUCCGCAGGCCAGCAGCCCAUCACCUUCUCCAUGACAUGAGGUUCCUCUAUGAUGCACUUCUUAACCCUGCAACCAUGCAGCCCUACAAGCCUCAAUUGAAAUGGCAGCACGCCCGAAGAGCUGCAUCGAAGCUCCUCGAUUGCAAGCGGUUCGUUAAACACUAUGACAAGAUGGAUGAUCUUGGGGCUUCAAAUCCAUUUGCAAUCCACGUAUGUUGUCGCAUCGAGGUGGUCGACUGGCCUAAGGAUUACACCGCUCCCCCACCGGAGCUCCUGGUCCUUCCUGCAGCUGCUACAGUUGCAGACCUGAAGUCUGAAGUGUCCAAAGCAUUCCAAGAGACUUACCUGAUCUUCCAAACUUUCCAAGCUGAGCAGCUUCUAGUAGAUCACAAAGGUGUGAAUGAUUCCACUCAAAUUAAGCAUAUACUUGGAUCGGACGAGAGUGUCCGAGUUGGAGGGAGGUGCCUGGGAGGUGAGGAUAAGCUUGAGCGUUACCGGAUGGAGAGGGGUAUGGAUGAAUGGCUGGUGGACUGCAUCUGUGGAGUCAAAGAUGAUGAUGGUGAGAGAAUGCUGGCUUGUGACAUGUGUGGGGUGUGGCAGCACACCAUAUGUUCUGGGAUCAGUGAUUUGGAUGAGGUACCUUCACAAUUUGUCUGUAGGGAGUGUGGAAGCUCCAGUGAGAGCGCAGGCAGUGGUAGCACAAUUUCUGGGGACACCACCACUUUGGGGAGGUGCCAGAAUGUAGCAGUUUCAUCGGCCACCAUAGAGGGCAAAUAUAGAAGCUUGACCCCUGUGGGGUGACAAUGUUAAUAGAACUGUACGAAAUGAUGUACAUAGACAGAUAUGGUUACCAGAUUUGAUUAAUUACAAUAGUUGCUAUAAGAUUCUUUUUU